AUGGUUCCGGACUCACUCUUUGCUAGGGUUUUUAAAAGUAGGUACUAUAGGAAUACUCACCCCCUGGAUCCAAUUCGGUCCUAUUCUCCAUCGUAUGGGUGGAGGAGUAUUUGUUCCGCUCGCUCUCUAGUAUACAAAGGACUUAUUAAAAGGGUUGGCACCGGGGAAUCCAUCUCAGUAUGGAAUGAUCCCUGGAUACCAGCUCAAUGCCCGAGACCAGCUUUACGCACGGGCCCGCAUAUGGACCCCAAUCUAACCGUGACUCAAUUAAUUGAUCAUCGAACAAAUACUUGGCGUUUGGACUUGCUCAAUGAGCUUUUCGAUCUGACGGAUGUUGAAUUGAUAAGGGCGAUACCUUUACGUAGCAAUCAAAAUGCUGACCAGUUCGGUUGGCAUUUUACAAAAACGGGAAAGUAUACGGUGAAGUCUGGUUAUCACUUGGCCCGUCAGGAAGUUCCUCGGACUUUUCAGGCUUCUGGAUGUGGUCCAGAGAUUACUUCCCUACUGGCUAGUGUUUGGAGGGUUCCAUGUUCACCAAAAAUUCAACAUUUUAUGUGGCAGGUCUUAUCAGGGUGUAUCCCGGUUGCGGCGAAUUUGGCACGGCGGGGCAUUGCGUGCGAUCCGGGAUGUGUUCGGUGUGGUGCUGAGGAGGAAACAAUAAAUCAUGCCAUUUUUGUUUGUCCUCCAGCUCGCCAGGUUUCAACGUUUCCCUGGCUUAUGUGGUAUAUUUGGAAAGCUCGGAAUGCACGGGUCUAUGAAAAUAUUGACGAGCGGCCCGAGGAAAUUGUUUUGGUCGCGGAAGGUGAGGCUAUGACAUGGCAACAUGCGCAGGUUGAGGGUGAUAUUAUGGAUUUGACCUCAGCCGUAAACGCACCAGAGCCCGGUCAGAGGAGGCCCGCCGUAAAUCUUCCAACAUCUUUUACAGGGUAUCGCUGUUUAGUAGAUGGAUCUUGGAAACCGAGUGACCCGCUUGCUGGUGCAGGAUGGGUUUGUUCAUCGGUCCAGGACCCAACGCUGAUAAAAGGAGCUACUAAUUUUCGACGAAGUCUCUCUCCCUUGCAUGCUGAAGUAGAAGCUUUCAUUUGGGCAAUGCGGUGUAUGAUCGGACAUGACUUCAGAGAUGUGGCGUUCUACACAGACUGUUCAGACUUGGUGAAGAUGGUGUCUUCUCCUUCGGACUGGCCAGCUUUCUCGGCGUACCUAGACGACAUCAAGGUAGACAGGACAGAAUUCUCGACUUUCUCCCUAUCUUUUAUUUCUAGAAACGCAAAUGUAAGUGCGGACUCUCUGGCACGCCAAGCGCGUACCUCUCCGCAUCAUGUUUUGUAUGUAAACAAUUUUCCACCAAAUUGGCUCGUUUGA